AUGUUCGGGUCAAAGGCUCACGACCAUGCGCGAGCUGCCUCGGAGGCUACGCAUGCUUCCAACUCCACAGUCGCAAUCAACGAACAUACUAGAGCUGCUGGCGAAUUCGCGAAUGCCGCCAAGACGACUACAAGCGUUGAGGCGCUGAGAACUUUGAAGCUGCUUGAACAACAUCACCAACGACUUUCGGAACUUCUAAGGGCACCCUUGGAGGAAGCGAAGCUACAACAAACCGUAGAUGGUGCGCCCCAGUCUACUGAUGAAAAGGGCGAGUCUGCCGUAUCUAGACCGCCCAACAACGCUUAUCCGGGAGAUGAAUCAAGUCACGCUACAGCAAUCGAGAAGAUUGCUCAACCAAUGCCAUCACUACCGAAACAGCAGAGAUAUCCUGCCCGUGAUCUCGGUGCUUCGAUUGCUAGCAACCUAGCCUCUGCUCGCGGUAUUCCCCGAUCCAAAUACCGCUCGCAGCCUCUCAACCCGAGCGUUUCAAACACUGAAGUGCCUGGCAAUCUUGCGCAUACACUACAAAAGUCUGGAUCUGGGUCCAAGUCAAAGAUGCAGAGUAUGAUUGAACAUGCCGAUAAGCCUGGCCCUUCAUCCCCUGGAAGAAUCAGCAGGCAAGGGAGCUUGGAGAGGCGCUCCAGCGACAAUGACCGUGUUCUCUCUAAACCCCGCGGCAGUCCAUCCACGUCGCAGGAUGCCGGGUUCUCAAGCUUUUACAGUGCAUUUGGUAGUAUCAUCAACAGAAUAUCCGCACCACUUGCCUUUGCCGGGCUGCCUCUCAUCAGUGAGGAUCGGGCCGAGGACAACCUUGCUCCCGCGCCAGCCCAAGCACCGGAACCACAAGUACAAAAGCGACUUAGGCACAAGGCAUCUGCGACCGUUUCAGUGGAUCCUGAUCUCAAUAGGAUUAUCUCAAAAGCUGCCAUGAAUGCAUUGAACCGCGAUGGUCGAUUUGCUACGGAUUCCUUUUAUGUUGUCCCCACCAGCGGCCAUACGGCCUCGUACGCAAGCAUUUUAUCUUAUGCUGACAAGGAAAAGCGUCGCUUGGAAGCGUCCGUACACGGUGAAUUAAGCAAUGUUGCAGAGGAGGACGAGGAUGAUUUUGUGGACGCAAAAGAAUCUCAAGGCCCUCCAUCACCUGGUUUCAGGCGAAAAGCUGGAAAGAGUCGUGCAGGCAAGGAUGUGAGUAACGUGGUGGAAGAGCUGAGCCUCGAGAACGCGAGCCUAAAGGACGCAUUGGAUAAGUUGAGCAAGAGGUUACAUGCUUUUGAGUCCAUGUCACAGAACUCGGGAAUGCGACUGGCAGAGAGCAUGCGACUUAUGCGCCCUGCUUCACCAAAUACUUCCUCAACCGUCAAACCUGGAGUUGGCAGCGAUGAGGUGCUCAGAAAGAGAAAUAUGGAACUUGAGGAUCAGAUGGUCUUGCUCAGCAAGCAAAUGGAAGAUCUACAAAAGGACAACACGAAAUUACGGGCAUAUCUUGAUCGAUAUAGGGAGAAAUGGGAUCAACUCAGGGCUGGCGCCAAAGCUCGACGUGCGGCCACCCAAGGAAGUUCCGAGGCAGCUGAGGCAGGGCCUCAGUCUCCUAGUAUAGGUUAA